AUGCGUUUCCAUGGUAAAACGUCAUCACAACUCGACCGAAGGUGCAGAAGCGGUAGGCGCGCAAAAGUUUGCAGAUAUAUAAUUAUAUUUUAAUUAAAGAUAAUGACAUGAGUAACAAAAUGGGGGAGUAGCUCUUCUGCCAGGAUUUUAAAAGUAUGGUGCUAACAUGACGCAGUCAGUCGUUGUCCAGGUGGGGCAAUGUGGAAACCAGGUCGGCUACAGAUUCUGGGAUCUGGCAUUGAGAGAACAUGCUUACGUUAACAAAAAAGGACUGUAUGAUGAAGCUAUAAGCAGUUUUUUCCGAAAUGUGGAUUCUAGGCACAGCUGUAGUGUCAGUGUUGGUGAGAGAAUCCAUCAGCUGAAGGCCAGGGCCGUGUUGGUGGAUAUGGAGGAGGGUGUGGUCAAUCAGAUCCGGCAGGGGCCACUCAAGGAUGUGUUCGACAGCACACAGCUCCUGACUGAUGUGUCUGGCUCUGGCAACAACUGGGCAAUGGGCUACAUGACAUAUGGCUCUGCAUACAGAGAACAGAUCAUAGAAAAGCUCAGAAAGAUGGCUGAGCACUGUGACUGUCUGCAGUGCUUUUUCCUCAUCCAUUCAAUGGGAGGAGGAACAGGUUCAGGCCUUGGCACCAGAGUCUUGCGCCUUCUAGAGGAUGAGUUUCCUGAAGUGUGCCGAAUAGUGACGUCUGUUUAUCCAUCGGAGGAGGACGAUGUAGUUACCUCUCCCUACAACAGUGUCCUGGCCAUGAGGGAACUGAGCGAGUAUGCAGACUGUGUCCUGCCUGUGGAGAACCAGUCUCUGAUGAACAUAGUGAACAGAAUCAGACGCUACAGUGGAAAAACAGGGUCAGCGGUGAGAAUGGACAGCACUGUCAUUUCAGGCCAUGGGGGGCUGUCAACUGGUGAGAAGCCCUUUGACGCCAUGAACAACAUUGUGGCCAACCUCCUUUUGCAUGUGACCAGCUCUGCACGCUUCCAGGGCUCACUCAACAUGGAUCUGAACGAAAUUCCAAUGAACCUGGUGCCCUUCCCACGGCUGCACUACCUGGUCCCCAGUCUCACUCCACUCUACAGCUUGGCAGAUGUUAGCAUGCCCCCCAGGAGGGUGGACCAGAUGUUCAGUGAUGCCUUCAGUAAAGAGCAACAGCUGAUUGGAGCCGAGCCGAGGCACAGUCUGUACCUGGCCUGUGCCCUCCUGCUACGGGGAGAUGUGGGAGUGUCAGACCUGCAGAGGAACAUCCAGAGACUGAGGCCCACAUUGCCCUUCGUCUGGUGGAACCAAGAGGGCUGGAAGGCGGGUCUGUGUUCUGUACCCCCCUUUGGACACACCCACUCCCUGCUGGCUCUGGCCAACAACACAUGCCUCAAAGCGACCUUUAGCCGACUCAAGGAGCGCUUCAUGAAGCUCUACAGGAAGAAGGCUCACCUUCAUCACUACCUGCAUGUGGAGGGACUUGAGCAGAGCACCUUCUCAGAAGCUGUUUCUUCUCUAAGCUCACUCAUCGCAGAAUACCAACAACUGGACAACACCAAAGACAGAGUGAUACCCAACGCUCCUCGGCUUAGUAUUGCCACAUGAGUGUGUGUAUAUAAUAUAGAAUAUAUAAAAUUACUACUUAAGUUUGUGCCUUCAAGUCUGUCCUACACAUUGCAUGAACUUAACUGUUCUUUUCCCUACACAAAUCUUCUUUUGGCUCUAUAAUAAGGGCCUCCAGCCUGGCAGCUUAAAUUUGCAUUACAUCCUUUAACCUUCCCAUCUGUUUGGAGUGCCUAAAAACACCAGGAACACGUUCAUUAAAAUGUUUGACAUAAUUUUUAAUAAAUAUUGGGAAAAUGAGCCUC